AGUGGGUGACGACGAGCAAUCGCCACCACCAGGAAAAAAAAAUACCAGGAGCGAUAAAAUGCACGGACUACAGGGGUCCAUUUGACUGUUAGUUAGACGUUUUCGCAUUUUGAGGGUUUGGUCCUGACGAUGUUUUUAGAAGAACACUUGCUGAAUACAAUGACAGCCCUCUGUCAGGCCGAGCUUUCUUUUUUUUAGCCAGUUGGCUGCAAUUCCAGGGAUGGCUAGCUGAGCUAACCUAGCUAGCUAACAAUUAGCCUGCCCAUUUAGCAAAACUGGUCACUGGGUGUCUCGGUCUGCAAAAGGAUAACUGCUCUGUGCGCAAUUGUAAAGCGGAAACGUUAGUUUAAUUUGGAUUUUUACAGGAGUUUUUGUUCGUCGAGUGGCUGAGACAGUGGGCUAGCCUAUCUGUUGGUUUAGUAGAUGGACAGUUUGACGGGCGCUCAUUGUCGCUGCGCGGGCGUACAGUGUUGGUUUCGGGGCGGCUAGGCUCGUACUCGGCCGGGCAACCAGCAGAGGGAUUGUACAAAUGUGGCAGUGGCAGCCAGUCGUGUCCCGCUGUCUCUGGGACCGAAGUUGGUAGUUUGAUAUAUAUAAAAAAAGGAUUUUAGUGGGUGUUAGGUUUCCGGGCUAACCAGCUACGCGGGAAAGGAAUCAGAAAGUGUGGGCACACUUAAAAUCCAUUACCUAGUCACGUUAGCUUGGUUACAACGUUAGCAGCAUUUAGCUUGGAAGCUAGUCACCGAGUGAACGUUACCCAAACUAGUUGCAGCUCUUUUGGAAAGUGUGUCAAAUAAAAUGGUUAUAUGCACAGUCGGUAGUUAUCUAAAAUGUGUGCGGACAUGUUGCAUUGCCAAUUUUCUGUGAUCAGCUGUCAGUCCCUGUAGGCUGAGGAUUUACACAAGACUUUGACUAAGCUGUCAAGUAUUUGACACUUGACAGCAAUUUUACCAUCCACAAGGAAGGCCAGAGUCUGCAGCAAGCUCGACGACCGGCGUCUGGAUAUACGUCUUUGAAAACGGGCUGUUGCUCAGAGGGGGUUUCAUUUAUUUGAUACUUUCUGUGAGGUGUAGCCCGGCGCCCCUUGUCAGACGGGCUUUUUAGCUCAUGCGGUGAUGACUUUAGACUCCAUGAUGGCUUGUUGCCUGAGUGAGGAGGCGAAGGAGUCCAAACGAAUCAACGCUGAGAUCGAGAAACAACUCCGGCGAGACAAGAGAGAUGCCAGACGGGAGCUGAAGCUUCUUCUGCUGGGUACUGGAGAGAGUGGCAAGAGCACCUUCAUCAAGCAGAUGAGAAUAAUCCAUGGGUCAGGCUACACAGAUGAGGAUAAGAAAGGCUUCACCAAACUAGUCUAUCAGAACAUCUUCACCUCAAUGCAGGCGAUGAUCCGUGCAACGGAGACCCUCAAAAUCCCGUUCAAGUACGAACAGAACAAGAAUAAUGCCCAGGUGGUGCGGGAGGUGGAUGUGGAGAAGAUUUCAUCAUUCGAUCAGCCUUACAUCGGCGCGAUAAAGAUGCUGUGGGCUGACCCUGGCAUCCAGGAGGCCUAUGAUCGCAGGAGAGAGUACCAGCUUUCUGACUCAACCAAAUAUUACCUUAAUGAUUUAGAACGAAUAGGAUCACCGGGGUACGUGCCCACUCAGCAGGAUGUGCUGCGGGUUCGAGUGCCCACCACCGGCAUCAUUGAGUACCCAUUUGACCUGGAGAAUAUUAUCUUCAGGAUGGUGGAUGUAGGGGGUCAGAGGUCCGAGAGGAGGAAGUGGAUCCACUGCUUUGAGAACGUCACCUCCAUCAUGUUUCUGGUGGCACUCAGCGAAUACGACCAGGUCCUGGUGGAGUCCGACAACGAGAAUCGUAUGGAGGAGAGUAAAGCUCUGUUCAGGACCAUCAUCACAUAUCCCUGGUUCCAAAACUCCUCUGUCAUCCUCUUCCUCAACAAGAAGGACCUGCUGGAGGAGAAGAUCAUGUAUUCUCACCUGGUUGAUUACUUCCCAGAGUUUGACGGUCCCCAGCGGGACGCUCAAGCGGGUCGGGAGUUCAUCUUGAAGAUGUUUGUGGACUUGAACCCCGACAGUGACAAGAUCAUCUACUCCCAUUUCACAUGCGCCACCGACACGGAGAACAUCCGCUUCGUCUUUGCAGCCGUCAAAGACACCAUCCUGCAGCUCAACCUCAAAGAGUACAACCUGGUGUGAAGAGAGGGAGCGAGGGCAAGCGAGAAAGAGACCUGCAGAGUCCACUUCGAGAAACACACACAUCUGCAUGAAACAUACUGCUGCUCAACGAGUUAAGCAUUGCCUCAUACUUUACCAGACCGACACUAUCCAUGUUCUGUCCCUACUGUUCACUUAGCUCCUUGGUUGUUGGUUUUUUAACAGAAUGGUUAUCUGUUUUGUGGUUCCAAUAUUUGCUUCUCUUGUACAAACACACAUGAAACACACGAGUACAACACUCCCUCCAUUUGUCCCCCUCUCUGGAGGGGUUUUGGUCUGCUUCAGGCCUCCUCUCGGUCCUCGUUUGGCCCCGGGCGUGGCUUUUUUUCUUUCUGUACACUACAUUAUCACCAGUGCUUGUGUGUUUGAGGUGGGUAGAGGGCCUUCUCUGGGUAAGCUUUUAUGGACAAAGGGCUCUCUCCCCUUCCUAUUUAACCCAUGCAUGUGAUACACUACAGCAUGAGGGCAUGAGGCCAGGCUACAGACCCUGGACUCUGCUCAUCUGCGAAGGGUAACUAAUUAUGACAAUGGGAAUAUAUUAUCAGGCAGUGCUGAGGUGCAGUGAGGUACUUGGUUCCCCUGUUUUGUUUUGUUUUUUAUCCCCGCCCCAAAUCAGAGCUCAGAUGCUCUGUUGAAUGUAAAUAAAGUUUUCACGCUGCUCACCCAGAGUGAGGGCUUGACAGAGAUGACUAUAUGUUCUCUGUAGACUUUCAGAUAUUUUCAUGUUAAUUUCAUGGUUCUAUUAUUACUGCUAUUGUCCUCCAGUUAAAAUUGAAGAUGACUACUCAAAGGAAUGCAGCGCUCCAGAAAGAAUCACAGUGUGUUCCUUUUACACUGCCCCUCAUUUUAACAUACUUUAUGAAACCGAUGAGAAACAACACUACAGGUGUUCACACACUGUAUGUCAGCUCCCCUGUAGUUCUGUAUCACAUUGCCAAAUUAAAACCACCUACUUUUUUCUGUAAAUAUAUUUACAUUGCCAGUAUCCUGUUCGUCCCUUAAGUGGUUCAGACACUAACAUAUUUGGAAACUGGUAUUACCAAAAUUUAGUGGAAGUUUUCUCUCGUGAUGGAUCAUUCAGGUGUUGAUGGCAUAACAACUCACUUUGUGUGGCAUUUUUUUUUUCAUGUCAGCCAUUGUCUGAAUCACACUUGUAUUAGUACUGUGAUUUAUUUUCUUUGUUUCCUUUGAUGGUGAGAAUAACCCUCCUGAGCACAAUGUGCAAAAGAUGAUAUACGAUUAGUACAGUGCAAUAGUCAGUUGUAGAUGAAUAAAGCUUUUGCGCUGCCAGUUAGCUUAAGUCACAAGUUGGUCUUGAUCAUCCAUAUGGCUUCUCUUUGUGAUCAACCUUAUUUUGCCAUGAUAUUCGGCCAACAUCUGAUAAACUGUCAUAGCGAGAGGGUAAAUAGUUCUUUUUUGUAUGUCUAAUUUAUCAAUCAGAUCUACGUAUUGUCACUACAGUAAAUGAGACUUCCUCCCUAGUUUCAGCUCAAACGUUUUUCCAACCAAGGAGACAGGAGGAGAUUUUAUACUGCUGUAAAAUAUCAAAACUAUUUUAUGGACAAGUGUUCUAUCUUUGUAAUGAUACUUCAUAUAUUUAGUUGUUGCAGUUCUGUUUUGAAAUGCUUGACAAUGGACAACGCUGUUUCCAUGUCAGGUUUGUGCUUUAUGCAAAUAGGAAAAUGAAAACAGACAAAAAACGUAGUGGUUGAAUCUUUACUGUUCAAGGAUGCUUGCAUUUUUUUUUGUAAUUUUUGAGGAUACGUGUUGGCUGUUGGUACCAAUCCCAUAUCGUGUCUCUUGCCUGAUAGUUGUUUAAAUAUUCCAUUAAGCUGAAAGUUGAUAGAUGGCUAUUUUUGUCUUCACAAUGUAAUUCAGGUAAGUUUUCAUAACUCUUUCAUCACAAGGGCUACUACUAGCAGCUUUGAUAGAAAUGAAAGGACUCUAUGGUCGGCAUAGAGCAAAAGGUGCAAUUAAUUAACGAGGGGGGCUAUGAAUUAAGAGUGUGUUGACAUCCUGUCGAGGGUGAUGGCUGCAGGUUCAGUGAGGGAGGAAUGCAGCAGUCCACAGAUGCCUACAUGACAUUCCCGAGGGAAGUCCGCUGACUGGCUCUUUGUUUGCUACCUUUUUGCCUUUAGAGGAGGAGAAUGGCUAGCGUCAGAGGAAGUGGGGUGUCCCAAGGAGCAGUUGCUUGCUUUCUUUCUUUCUUUCUUUUAAAAAAAAAAAAAAAAAAAAAAAAAAGGUGUCCUGGCUGUCGCACCUAACCAUCCUCUUAUGAAUUAUGGGCUGAUCCUCUUGGCUUUAUAAUGUUUUCCACUAUGUGGUUAUGCCUAUUUGGCUUGUCUUCUCAUUGGUAGUGUUUCCAUGUUCGAUUUUGGCUAUGUUGGAGUCUGGAAAAAAAAUUGUUUGGCAAAAGGUUUACAAGUCAAAGUUUCUUUAGAUUUUGUACAGAAAAGCAGCAUGAUCUGCCUUGAUUUUCAUCACAUGUACCCAUUGAGAGUAAUCUUCACACCUCUGGUGCAGAUGUGUACCCUGUGUUGAUAAAGCCAUUAUCUUGUAUGCGAAGACUCUUAAUGAGGAAGGGACAUGUAUAUUUAUGCUAAGUGCCACAUUUUUUUUAUGAUUGAAAAGAUAUUGUAAGUCAAGUUCUUAUGGCUGUGAUCUUGUUUUCCAGCAUGUAGUGCUGAUGAGUUCAUCUUUGGUGCUUCAGCCAAUACUUAAAGGCCUUUUCUGGACCAGUUUGUCCCAUCUGUAGGGCGAUGCUUUUCGCACUCACUUACGAGUAAGUUAAUAUUGUGGGCGCCACAAUGCAGCUCACUUUUGAUUUUGAAAUUAAGAAUUGAUGUAUUUUAAUAUGUGGAUGAAUAAAUUAAGACUUUACCUGAGCUCGGUUGGAAAGGAAUAAUGUGUCCUGCUUCACCUGCGGGAUAACACGGGUCUGUUUGUGUUAAGUCCUCAGUGUAGCUUUCAGUAAGCACACUGAGCUCCCGGAACUCUGGCUUGCCAUCUUAAGGGCAGGCGGAUGGUCUCUCACACUUCAUUCUCUUGAGGUGAGAUGUUGCACAGCAAUUGCACUUGAAUGGGCUGCAAUGGGGAUAAUAAACUAAACAAAGGUGACCAGGAACCAGUGUUGGCACGAUGGCGUACUCUUUAAAAACGCUAUUGCAUCAGUUUUCCCCGUGCAAGACUUCAUGCCUUGUCUGGUUAGCGCCUCACAGCUGCAGAACCUAUGCAGAAAAAGUCACAUGGCAACACUACCAGUGAUUGGAGCCAACAACAGAGCUGGGUGGGUUAUUUGAAGUCCUUUCCAUUGAUUUGUACUGCAUUUGCUCAACUGCAUAGAAUGCAUUUUGGAGAAGGUUUGUACGACAGCCCAGUACAAAACACUGUGCCAAACAACAUCGAUCAGCCACAGAAAAGAUAUAAAAAAUGUAUCAUUUAUAGUAAUCUGACCCAGAUCUCUGAGGUAAAACAUUAAUCCACCUUUACAUGAAGCUUGUGUGUUAAACCUCAGUAUUAAUGUAUUUAUUGAAAGACUUGCAGAGUGAAGGUACUGAAAUGGCCAUUCUAAUAUUUUGGUGGUUAUAAUAGCAAGUGAGCGAAUGAAUAUGCUGUGUGUUUACAUGUACGCCAUUCUCCUCUCUCUGUUUUUCCCUCCUUUACUUGAUUGGACUGUGUAUUCUUUCCCUGGGUCGAAGGCACUGAAGCUGCACCACUGCAAUGGGCCUGCAUUCCUGCAACUUAGAUGUCCGUUCAAGCGCUCUUGUUGGUACUCUGAGGUGUGUGUGUGUGUGUGUGUGUGUGUGUGUGUGUGUGUGUGUGUGUGUGUGUGUGUGUGUACACUUUGAUGGCUAUUGCUAAUGCUUGAGAUCCAUUCUACUUAGAGGGAUGGAUAUACAGUGAUAUUAAAAGCUAUCUUUGCAUCUUUUUUUUUUUUUGUUCUUUUGUAAGGUUGACACACCUUAACAUGUGUAUUUAGGACCACUUAAGAUGAGACUUUUUUAAAAGAGUUAAAAUAAACUUUGUGUAGUGGUGUACAAAUUGAAAGUAAUGUAUUUUUGUUUGAUUUUUUUCUUCUUUUUUUAAGUAUACCAAAUGUAAAUUAUGUACAAUGAGUGUGCCAAUCCCCUUUCUUUGUAAAGCCAGAUUCUUAACAAGUGCCAAUGUUGUGAAAAAUCAGAGGGCCUGUGAAUUUCAUGGUCCGGUUUUUAAAACAAAUAAACACUUAAGUAUGUGAUUAAUUAAUUACAAAAAGGACAAUUUUAUUCUAUAUUUAAGAUUAAUGAUGAACUGCUGUUUUUAAGAUAAAUGUCAUUUUAAUUGCAUGUGUUUGUCAGGUUGGGGAGGGAGUGGGUGGGUGAGAUACUGUAUUCAUGCAGCGCCCUCAUGAAAAGGGUCCUAAUGGUUAUUGAUUUACAGUAUUUUAGCCAUAUUUCUCUUUUGUAUGUUUCAUUUCAACCACUGUUGCCUGAACCUCAUUCAAACAUGAAAAUGAUUUUCAUAGCCUUCUCCUUUAAAUGUUUUAAAUUGGAAUAAAAUAUGUUCCUAUACUCUC